AUGGAAUUGGUCCCUCGGUGUUGGCGUUCAUCAUGUUCACCAGCCGUGAAAUCGCGCACCCCCCAACUCCGCGGCCGUUACUUUUCCUCCAGCCGUCGUCCUCUCUCCUUUGCCACUGCUGAGCUCGAGCGACUUCGUCCAGAGGCCCUUUCUCGUCCUGUGCUGUCGACAAAUGUUUUGCUACCGCCUCCGAAGCAAUCGUCCAUAUCACGGGGCCGACUGGUUGAACAAGGGAAUUUGGGUCCCGCACGCCUACCAGUGUCCUGUCCUGGUUGCGGCGCGCUCACGCAAGAUGUCGACUCUGGACAAGCAGGUUUCUACACAUUGUCAAGAAAAGCGGUGGUGAAAUAUCUCAACAACCUCGAGAGCUCGAGUCGGGUACAGAAUGAAGGAGACCUAGGCACAGAUGUGGCACAUGUCCAGACCUCCCAACAUGAUGAAAAUCCACGAGACGAGCACGGCAUAGUCCAGCCUCAGCCCCAGAGAACACCUCCUAUCUGCGAUAGGUGUCAUUAUUUGAUCCAUGACUCCCGCGGUGUCCCUAUUGCGCAUCCUUCGGUUGAAGCCAUUGCGGACUCGAUCGCUGAGUCUCCUUUCUCCAGGAACCAUGUCUAUCACGUCCUUGAUGCAGCAGAUUUCCCCAUGUCUGUCAUCCCUUCAGUCUACAAGAGCCUCUCCUUGGCAAAGCCUCGAACGCAGAAUCGUAGGUCUCAGCACUCGUUUUCAACCCGACCCUCUGUAUCCUUCAUCAUCACCAGAUCCGAUCUCCUGGCUCCAACCAAAGAGAUGGUAGAUGGCAUGAUGCCUAAAUUCAUCGCUAUUCUGAGGACUGCCUUGGGUCGCAUGGGACAAAAGCUCCGGCUGGGCAACGUGCAUCUGGUCUCGUCGAAGCGAGGAUGGUGGACCAAGGAUAUCAAAGAAAGCAUUUGGCGCAGGGGAGGCGGCAACUGGCUUGUUGGAAAGUUCAAUGUGGGAAAGUCAAAUCUGUUUGAGGUCCUUUUCCCCAAGGGAUCCGCCGGCAGAGCGCCUGUAUAUGCAGAGAUUCAGCGACAGCAGGAGGUUGCCGCAGAGCAUAAAUCUACCGAUACCACCUUUUUCUCCGAGAAAAACUUACUACCUCCCCCUCAGCCUGAGGUUCCUUUUCCAUCCAUGCCUUUGGUGUCAAGUCUGCCGGGGACGACAGCAUCUCCGAUUCGACUUCCCUUCGGCAACCACAAAGGAGAGCUGAUUGAUAUGCCGGGCCUAGAACGUGGAGGCCUCGACCAGUAUGUCAAACCCGAAGAUCGGACCGACCUGGUCAUGGUACAUCGGCCGACGGUCGCCCAACACAUUAUCAAGCCCGGUCAAUCUCUGCUCCUAGGAGGGGGAUUGGUCCGGAUCACACCGCUCCUCGACGAAGCUGACCCGAGUACCACCAUGCUGGCGUACCCCUUUGUUCCGCUCAAAACUCAUGUCACAUCCACGGAGAAGGCAUGUAGCACGCAAAUGCAAGAACGUGAAGGCGGUGUAGAGUCAAUCCUAGCUGAAGGCGCAGGGAACUGCAUGGCUUCUGCGGGUCAAUUCAAAUUACAAACCGAUGUCACAAAAUCCAGAGCAGGCUCCAUGAUCAGAGCUGGAGUCAACAUCGAGAAGUUGCCAUUUCGUGUCUACGCAACAGACAUACUCAUCGAAGGGGUCGGAUGGGUGGAGCUAGUCUGUCAGGUCAGAAAAAGCAGACGUUUACAUCAGCCUGGGCCACUUGCUGAAGAUUCUACGGGACCAGAUUCCACCGGAUCGGAUGUCCCUAGCGCUGAAGGCCUGUCGAUUGAUACGAGCACGUUUACUCCAUUCUCCUCCAUUCAGACUGGUGAAGAAUCGGGGCUCUCUCCAAGGUUUCCUGAAGUCGAGGUCUUUACUCCCAAUGGCAAGUUCGUUGGACAACGAACCUGUCUCGAUAUAUGGCAAAUGUGGAAUAUGGGAAAGCCUCAGCCGAAGAGGGCUGCGCGUCCUCGUAAGCCGAUGAGCGGCGCAAAGAAGCGCGAGAAGCUACGCCGCAGGGCAGUUCUGGCCACAAAUCAAAGCAGCUGA